GAAAUUAUUGUGGGUACUGACCACUGGGUCGUAUUUUUACUCAAUUUCUAUGGAAAAGAAACGUUUUACAUACAAUAUAUUUCAAUUAUUUUUAAUUACAAAUACGUAAAAUCUUUAAUUUUGCACUGACAUAAUUAAAUAAGUAUCAUGUCGAAGUUAGUAAACAAAGAUGCGGCACGGUUGAAUCCCUGUCUUAAGGAGCAGGAACAGUCCUAUGCAUGUCUAAAUAAGAAUAACUUUGUACAAGAGAAGUGUGAAAAAUACUUUGACAAUUACAAUAUUUGUAAAAAGUUUUGGGGAAAAGUGUACCAAGACAGAAAAGCAAGGGGAAUAACCCCCUAUCUACCAGAUAUUGAAGAAAGAGCUAAAAUAAAGGAAGAUUAUAAGAAAUUUGUGUUUGGAUAGAGAAGACAUCAUAUAUACAAUUAGGUACUAUUCACUGUGUAUAAUCAGAUUAUGUAAAUACUAAAUACAUAUUUUGUAUUGUUGUAAUAGAAAUUAUAGUUUUAUGUGAUAA